AUGACGACCAAAAACUCUGGAGCAAAGCCUAUUCCCGCUUUCCGCCGCGUGACCAUCAACUCGGAUUCUGACCUGCCUGACCGAGGUGUAGCGGCUACUCCCGGAGGUACUCUAUUCUCCACCACUCCUGGUGGCACUCGAAUCAUCUACGACCGGGCUUUCCUAAUGAACCUGCGCAACUCUCCACUGGCCAAGUCGCCCCCAAAGAUGGCCUAUAUUGCUGGCGUGACCAACAUUUCCGCUGAGAAUGGACAGGCAAAUUUGACCAAGAAAGGCAAAGAAUCGCAAAAGAAUGUUGAUGCUUAA